AUGAAGUUCAUCCAAACUGAUCAGACUCUUGCUAUCCCUGAGGGCGUCACCGUCGACAUCAAGGCCCGCCAGAUCACCGUCACUGGCCCCCGUGGUACUUUGACUAAGAGCCUGCGUCACAUUGAUGUUGCUUUCUCUAAGGUUUCUGACUCUGAGAUUAAGAUUACCGUCCACCACGGUGACAGAAAGCACGUUGCUGCUCUCAGAACUGUCAAGUCUCUCAUUUCCAACUUGAUUACCGGUGUCACCAAGGGCUACCAGUACAAGAUGAGAUAUGUCUACGCCCAUUUCCCCAUCAAUGUCAACCUUAUCAAUGGCAACAGAACUGUUGAGAUUAGAAACUUUUUGGGUGAGAAGCGUGUCCGUGAGGUUAACCUCCUCCCCGGUGUUGAGGCCACUAUCUCCACUGCCCAGAAGGACGAGAUUAUCCUUUCCGGUAUCUCUCUUGAGAAUGUCUCCCAGUCUGCCGCUGACAUUCAGCAGAUUACCCGUGUCCGCAACAAGGAUAUCCGUAAGUUCCUUGACGGUAUCUACGUUUCUGAGAAGGGCACCAUUGAGCAGGAGGCUUAA